AUGUUUCCGGGUGGUUUUCUUUUUAUUCUCUUGAAUCUCUAUUCCGAUGUAGGUGGUAAUAAUGUCAAUGAACACUUGGAGAUGGGCCGGAGUUUUUUGAUGAGAGGACAGUUACAGGAUGCUUUGACACAUUGUCAUGCUGCUGUAGAUGGAGAUCCAAAUAAUUAUAGAACAUACUAUCAAAGAGGAAUCGCGUAUCUCGCGUUAGAAAAACCAAAAGUUGCGUUACAAGACUUUGAUAAAGUUCUGGAGCUAAAGCCAGAUUUUAUUGCUGCCAGGUUUCAACGAGCUAGUGUUCUUUUUAAGCUGGGACAGUUUGAUAAAGCUCGUCAGGAUUAUCAAGUAGUGCUGGAAGUAGAGCCGACAAACGAUGAAGCUCUAAAGUAUUAUUACCUCAUAGAUGAAGUGCGUGAUAUAAUAGAUCAUGCGAAAUCCCAAGUAACCAGCGGUCGCUACUACAAAGCCGUGGAACUCAUCACCUCAGCAAUUGAAUCGUGUCCUUGGAAUGCUGAGUUACGUGAACUACGUGCUGAGUGUCAUGUGGCUAACAAAGAUUACAUGAACGCCGUAGCUGAUUUUCACUCGGCAGCCAAACUGUUGUCCGAUAACACUGAAGGGUUGUUAAAAUUAUCAAAGUUUCUUUAUCGGCUCGGCCAUGUUAGCGAAUCAUUGAAUGAGAUUCGUAGCUGUUUGAAACGUGAUCCAGAACACAAGGAAUGUUUUAAGUUCUACAAGAAAAUAAAGGACGUAGCUAAAAAUCUCGAAGAAGCUUCACUGGCUGAAGAGUCACGCGAUCAUCCAAAGUGUGUGAAAACAGCGCUAAAAGCCCUCAAGCUCGAGUCCAAUGUAGAGGAUGUUAAAUUGAAAAUUUAUCAAUUACUGUGUAGCUGUAUGUCGCACACAGAUCCUAAUUCGGCUGUCGAAUAUUGUCGGGAAGCUUUGAAAUUACAUAAAGAUCAAAUUUCGCUGUAUGAUAGAGCUGAAGCUUCGCUAACAGCUCUGGCUUCUCGAGAACAAACCAACUCCAGAACUUUCAUGUACUGGUCCGCUAAAUCUCUGCUCGCUCGACAACCAAGCGCGGCUCCUGAUAGCCUGGGUGGUAGUGAUGUCGACAAGCACUUGGAGAUGGGCCGAAGUUUUUUGAUGAGAGGACAGUUACAGGAUGCUUUGACACAUUGUCAUGCUGCUGUAGAUGGAGAUCCAAAUAAUUAUAGAACAUACUAUCAAAGAGGAAUCGCGUAUCUCGCGUUAGAAAAACCAAAGUUUGCGUUACAAGACUUUGACAAAGUUCUGGACCUUAAGCCAGAUUUUAUUGCUGCCAGGUUUCAACGAGCUAGUGUUCUCUUCAAGCAGGGACAAUUUGAAAAAGCUCGUCAGGAUUAUCAAGUAGUGCUGGAAGUAGAGCCGACAAACGAUGAAGCUCUAAAGUAUUAUUACCUCAUAGAUGAAGUGCGUGAUACAAUAGAUCAUGCGAAAUCCCAAGUAACCAGCGGUCGCUACUACAAAGCCGUGGAACUCAUCACCUCAGCAAUUGAAUCGUGUCCUUGGAAUGCUGAGUUACGUGAACUACGUGCUGAGUGUCAUGUGGCUAACAAAGAUUACAUGAACGCCGUAACUGAUUUUCACUCGGCAGCCAAACUGUUGUCCGAUAACACUGAAGGGUUGUUAAAAUUAUCAAAGUUUCUUUAUCGGCUCGGCCAUCUGGAAGUAGAGCCGACAAACGAUGAAGCUCUAAAGUAUUAUUACCUCAUAGAUGAAGUGCGUGAUACAAUAGAUCAUGCGAAAUCCCAAGUAACCAGCGGUCGCUGCUAUGAAGCCGUGAAACUAAUCACCUCAACAAUAGAAUCGUGUCCUUGGAAUGCUGAGUUACGUGAACUACGUGCUGAGUGUCAUGUGGCUAACAAAGAUUACAUGAACGCCGUAACUGAUUUUCACUCGGCAGCCAAACUGUUGUCCGAUAACACUGAAGGGUUGUUAAAAUUAUCAAAGUUUCUUUAUCGGCUCGGCCAUGUUAGCGAAUCAUUGAAUGAGAUUCGUAGCUGUUUGAAACGUGAUCCAGAACACAAGGAAUGUUUCAAGUUCUACAAGAAAAUAAAGGACGUAGCUAAAAAUCUCGAAGAAGCUUCACUGGCUGAAGAGUCACGCGAUCAUCCAAAGUGUGUGAAAACAGCACUAAAAGCUCUCAAGCUCGAGUCUGAUGUAGAGAACGUUAAAUUGAAAAUUUAUCAAUUAUUGUGUAAAUGUAUGCCGCACACAGAUCCUAAUUCGGCUGUCGAAUAUUGUCAGGAAGCUUUGAAGUUACACAAAGAUCAAAAUUCGCUGUGUGAUAGAGCUGAAGCUUACCUUGCUGCUGAGAUGUAUGAUGAUGCCAUAAUAGAUUUAAAACAAGCUCUAGAAAUAGACCCGAACUUCCAACGAGCCAAGGAAUUGCUGCAAACAGCCCAGCAGCGUCAGAAGAUGUCCGAGUCUCGGGAUUAUUACAAAAUCCUGGGAGUUAAUCGGAAUGCGCCGAAGAAAGAGAUCAUAAAGGCAUACCGUAAAGCAGCACAGACGUGGCACCCGGACAAUUUCCAGGAUGGCGAAGAAAAGAAGCGCGCGGAGAAAAAGUUCAUUGACAUUGCUGCCGCUAAAGAAGUGCUGACGGAUCCAGAGAAACGGGCGAAAUUCGACCGCGGAGAAGAUCCUCUAGACCCUGAGUCUGGAAGGCAUCCUUCUAACUUCAAUCCCUUCCAAGAGUUCCACCAGUUCCACGGCUCGCCCUUCCAGUUCAAAUUCCACUUCAACUAA